AUGGCAUUGCAUCCAGCGCCGCCCGCUCAGGGUGGAUCCGACGAUCCACGCGUCUUUCUCGACCGUUUAUCGGGCAACUGGCGUUACGAAGACGACCAAGGCGACGAGUGGGAAUGGCAACCCUUCGUCCAGCUCGCCCGACCCGCUGUGGAUCAGGGCGAGGUGGAAGACGAUGCGCCGUCCACCAACACUGCUCCCACCGCAUCCACAUCCACCCAGCCCACAGGGCACUGGGUCAAGGUGCUCGACGACGACCUCGUCCGGGCGCAGCAGGCGGCCUACUCGGUGGACGGCGUGGACGAGUCGCAGCCCGCACAGCCGGUGCUGCGCCGCACAAAGAAGCGCGCCGCCUCGCCAUCCGAUCCAAAUUCUUCCAGCUCGACGAGCGCCCUGCCGCCAUCCAAGCGUCCCAAGCCAAUCACAUCGCUCUACGUCUCGGGGCUGCCGCUCGAUGCUACGGCCGACGAGAUUGCACGUGUCUUUUCGCGCUACGGCGUGCUGCUCGAAGACGACCAGGGCAAGCCGAGGGUCAAGAUGUACCACGACGACAAGACGGGCAUGUUCAGGGGCGAGGCGCUCGUCGUCUACUUCAAGCCAGAAAGCGUCGAGCUGGCGAUCAACAUGCUUGACGAAACCAACAUGCGCGCAGCCAUUGGUCAAACGUCUUCCAGUGGGCCCAUGAUGCGAGUCCAGCGCGCUCAGUUUCCAACCGAAACUCCAUCCGAGACAAAGUCAAAACCGUCCGCAGAUGCGUCCACCAAAAGCGCACCAAACGGGCCAUCUGGGUCGGAAAAGACCGAGGCGGGCAAAGGCGCGCAGAGUGCGGGACAGCGACGUAAUCUCAGCGAGCAAGACCGCAAGAAGAUUGCCAAGCGAGUAGCGCGGCUCGAAAACAAGCUGUCGGACUGGCGCGAUGAUUCCGAAGACUCGGACGAUGCACAUCCGUCCACCACCACCGCAUCCAACACCAACUCGAGUUCCGACGCUGGGCGCAUCGUGGUGCUCACCAAGAUGUUUACGCUCUUUGAGCUCGAGCAGGACCCGACCCUUCUGCUCGACCUCAAGGACGACGUGCGGGAAGAGUGCACCGACAAAAUCGGUGGCGUCACCAAUGUCGUUCUAUGGGAUUUGGAGCCUGAAGGCAUCAUGACCGUUCGCUUCAGCAGCCCCGACCAGGCCCAAAAGUGCGUUCAGAUGAUGGAUGGCAGAUUCUUCGCCCAACGUCGCAUCAACGCCUUCAUCCUCAACGGCAAACCGCGAUUCCGCAAAUCAUCAAGUCAUGACGACGAAGACGACAAUCUCGCCAACCACAACUUCGCCCAGUGGCUCGAGAAAUCCACCUAA